CUGUGACGUGGUGUGGCCACGACUACUAGGUCAGCCAUCGUCAUCACCCAGUACGGACGACAAAUCACAUCGCAUGGACCUAUCUGUUUAACAUCAUGAUAUUUAACUAUAAUUAACCCACAGGUGGAUAUAUAAUGCAAAACGCAUAAAUAUGAAGGGAAAUUCGUGAAUAGUCAUUACUGUUGUAACGACACUAGGUUGCGCAUGCGUCAUACGAGCGAGCCUAAUUUUUAACGUUUUACAAGCGGUUAACAAACUAAUUUCUUACCUGAUUACACGCGAAAGCUGUCUCAAAGGAAAACAGUAUGUUAUUAAAGAGUCAUUUUGACUGCAAAACAAAUGCCAUACUGCAGCUCUGAGUAACUGACUUUAAGCAAAUGCGGAAGUACGCAUAAGUGUAGCCUCUUGCCUCACUACAGUGCCAAAGAUGCGCUAGCUUAACAAAAUCAAAACAAACAACUGUGGGAAAUAAGUGAGGGACUGGAUACCACACUGUGUUUGUGCGUAGCCAGACUGAGAGUCUGUCUCAGAAACAGACGUUCACCAUGUCGAAUAUGGAGAAGCACUUGUUCAACCUCAAGUUUGCUGCCAAGGAGCUACAACGCAACUCCAAGAAAUGUGACAAAGAUGAAAGAGCAGAGAAGUCUAAAGUGAAGCAGGCUAUCCAGAAGGGAAACACAGAGGCAGCCAGGAUCCAUGCAGAGAAUGCAAUUCGUCAGAGGCAUCAGUCCAUUAACUUCUUGAGGAUGAGUGCACGUGUUGACGCUGUGGCUUCCAGGGUCCAGACUGCUGUCACUAUGAACCAGGUAUCCAAAUCCAUGUCUGGAGUGGUCAAAUCUAUGGAUGCUACACUGAAGAGUAUGAACUUGGAGAAGAUCUCCGCAUUAAUGGACAAGUUUGAAAACCAAUUUGAAACUCUUGAUGUGCAGACUGCUCAGAUGGAAGACACGAUGGGCAACACCACCACUCUGACAACACCUCAGAAUGAAGUGGAUACGCUGUUGCAUGAGAUGGCUGAUGAAGCAGGGUUGGAUCUUAACCUGGAGCUUCCUGCAGGCCAGACUUCCUCACUGGCUUCAUCUGUGGCAUCAACAGAGCAGGAUGAGCUCUCCCAGAGGCUGUCCAGACUGCGAGACCAGGUGUCGUAAUGAUGCCGAAAAUAACACGGUCAGGAGGAAGGAGAAGAGCAGGAGAAGCAGGAAGAGACAGGGAGUGAAAAAGUGGAGAAUAAACAAAAAAAGGUGCCAUGUGCCUGAGAGCUGUGUGUUCCAGGUUUGUUCUGUUGUGAGAAGUAAAGGAGCUGUCUAACAGCAGAAACAGACCAAGAGGCAUUAAGUUAAAUCCUUCCAUAAUAGUGUUUUUUUGCACACUCAUAUUUAACAUGUAUGGUGAUUAUUUAGCUCAGCAAUAGGACACUACUGUUGUGGCAUAUUUCUUUAUUUUAAGGUGGACACAUUUGUGAAUGGGAUUUUUGUGCAAAUCGUUGAAAAAAAAAAAACCCUGUGUGCUGCUGAAAGGGAUAGUUCAGAUGUUUUAAUAGUAGGGUUAUUAGACUGCUAUCUGCUGUAGGUAAAGACAUGAUCUUAUUGGUGGCUUCAAUAAAUCUGAACGAUCCCUUCAAUAGCUAUUACCUCAUUCCAAAGUGACUAUACACGAUUAUAUGUAUAAAAUGCAGGAGCAAUAUUGAUUUAUUUGUGUAAUUUUUUAUUUAUUGGCUGCUUUACUGACUGAUUGCUAAGAGCAUGCUUGUACAGUAACUGUUAUCUCCUACCUACAAGACUGAGGAUGUUGGGGACCUCUGCAGGUUUCUGUUUGGGCUUUUAUGCUGAAACUGAAACUUAUUUAAUUUUUUAUAUAUUUUAAGAUAGGGCUCGUUGUAAAUGUUGACCUGAUCACACUUUGGAGAAAGCUGCAAUAAUUGUGAUUUUCUGCAUGUAGCGGUAACAACUCGUGGCUUGCCGUGCACUGAUGCAAUGACAGAGUCAUUAAAAGAGUUUUCAACAUG